CCGACAUUUGCGAUAACCUCAGCCUCUUCCAUAUCUCAGCUACUCCUCACUCAGUGUGGCGAGUGACCAACAGUCUUGAUACAUACCGUUUUCAAGUCAUUCAAGGAAGAAUUGAUUUUAUCGGAAUCCGGAAAUUAUCACGAAAGAUGGCAGACGCUCAAGCCCGGCUGCAGAAACUCUCAGAGGAGUUCACAGACCUUCAAAAAGAGCUCCAAGAUGUAGUCGACUCGCGGCAGAGGCUCGAAGCUCAAAAAAACGAGAACCUUGGCGUCCAGAAAGAAUUCGGCAAGCUCAAGAAUGACGAGACCAUUUACAAACUCAUCGGCCCCGUCCUGCUGGAACAGGACAAGACAGAGGCAGAGAGCACCGUUAACGGUCGGAUAGAAUUCAUUGGCAAGGAGAUAUCACGGUUGGAGAAGCAGAUCAAGGACACCCAAGAAAAGAUCGAGAAGAAGAAGGGAGAGAUCAUCCAGACCCAGGCGGCGGCGGCGCAGGGACCGCCCGCCGGGAAACAGCCGGUCAAGGCAUAAAGGGGGAAGGUUGACCGCCGGGGGAAGGAUGAAUUUGGAAGGCAGGCCAGCUCGGGACAGGCCAACCCGUGACUCUCUCGCAAUUCGCCGACCAUUUGAGAAAGUUGGGGCACCUGGCGUUCCUACCCUUUCACCGGCUCGAUGGACGGGGUUAUCACAGGCCGGAGUGGAUUGUGAUGUCCUCGGCAUGGCAAAGGCAAAAGGCCAGUAUCAGUGAUUAACUUUGUCGAUUGUUAAACCCGACUGCCAUGGUCGUCAUCUCCUCGAUGGCCAGGUGGCAACCCCGGGAACAGACCGAGGUUAGCCGCCUCAUUCGUCGUCACGUAGCACGCUCGAAGUUUGUGUGGUUCGGCCUGGGAGGGCGAGAGUCAUAUAUAGUGCGCUCUAGAACUCGAUAGGAAAAUAUUUCCGCUUGUCAUCAUCAACUGAAUGGCGAAUUUGUCUAUCGGGUGAUCG